CAGCAAGUUGAUAUUUCUCGCGUUACUCCUAAAUUGCAAGUGCAUCGGAAUAAAUCGUGUUCCAAGUUUCAGUGAAAUUAACCACUGAGUGCUCAUGAUGUGGAAUCAAUGGCGCAGAUACAAAGUGACUGAGGGAUAACUUGGCGAAAACCGAUUUAAAUGGUGUCAUUUCGCCCCAAAGAUUUCAAAAGGGUAAAAGAUGACUGAGAUCCUGUUCAAAAUAUUAGUGGCACUAGUUCAGUUGAUUUCGCUGCAAUGGACAUCCAUUUGUGAUGGCACUGUCCAUGUUCCCAAAGGGAAUUAUACCAUACCCGAGGGUGGCGAAUUAAGUAUAAAUUGUUCUGCGACAGACGAGGCUCUUACAGGUUGGUUUACAUCCAGCGGAAAGAAGAUAACUAAUGACCCGUCAGCAAGAGUCCACGUAAGAUCAAGUGGAAGUUUGAAGUACUUAGAGAUCCCUAGGGUCAACAAGGCAGACCGAGGAACCUACGAAUGUAGAGGGACUAGGAACAAGACGCAAAUCCGGCUGAAUGUCGAAUAUAGCCCCGUUUUGAUCAGUGAAAGCUCCACGCACGGAACGAUAUUUUCAUCAUUAGACAGUAAUAAGGAAAUAACACUGAAAUGUAAAUUUGAUGGAUUUCCAGUUCCCGAAUUAAAGUUCCAAUUCGCUGGUGUUAAUUUGAAUAGCAUUUCCAACGCAUCCGGGUUUGUUUCCUACAAGUUUCGUGUUACAAAACCAAGGGACUUUGGAUUUUACAGCUGUGUGGCUGAAAAUAAGAUGGGUACAGUAACACAUUACAUUGAGGUUUACGAAAGAGGUCCUCCUGAGCCUCCAAAUAACGUGCAAGCUUCAUCGACGUGUGACAGUGUAGAGGUCACGUGGGAGGCGUCUCUCAAGGAUGGCGGAAGCCCCGUGACAGGCUACACCGUCAAACUUUUGAAUGGAGGCGAAUCAGUUGCAUCGGAAUCUUUAACAAAUUUAAGUCGCUCCAAGAGCUUUACAAAUCUUAAAAAGAAAACUGAAUACGAGGUUCGAUUGAAUUCUAACAAUGCACUUGGCGGUGGAGAGUGGAGAAGUAUUUCUCUCAAUACUACUGUUGCAUGUCCUGAAAAACGUGGAUCUUCAGGCAGCGAGUUAAAAGUUGUAACUUCGAUUCUUACGCUUCUGAUAAUGUCGACGUUCGUUCACCUGGUGCUUUGAGUAUGGAUUGUUGCCCCGGUACUGGUACUGUCACUAUGGUCAGAGAUAUUUGGCGCACCAAACACGCUUGAAUAAAACUGUCGAGACUACUGGGAAAAGUUAACGAGAGCAUCAACAAGAUUCAGUACUUGCGUUUUUU